CAGCCUCUUGUUGAGGUAACCCGAUUCUUGUGUAAACGGAACGCUGUGAUUAGGGCACGAGUGGAGUGCAGUGGAAGUGCGUGUUUAAUACUAUAGUGUGGUGUGUAAAAAUGUGAACGGCGUGAUGCGUCAGCGCCUGUGAUGUGCGGUCUAAUAUGCAGUGGGGCGGUCUCUACUUCGUGUGUCUAGCGCUAUGCUGCUUCAACACUGCAUCAGAACCACUGGAUAUACCAGAUUAUCACACAAACGGCAUUCGAAGGCGUCGAAGCGAUGAAAAGGACGGGCUCGCCCUGUCCAGGGAGAUAUUCAGAAACAUUACCAUGAAGCUACGAGAAAACAUCAAGCGGGAAGGAGCAACCGACGCAAAUGAUCAUUUAUUACAGAAUAAAAUCUCGGAGUCCCGUCACUAUUCACCAUAUCAAGAAUACCAUCACUAUGAACGACACUGGGGCCCAUACUUCGAGGAGAGGAACGUCACACAAGUGACAGCACAUGUCGGAUCUGAGGCUCUUCUUAAUUGUAGAGUCGUGAUGCUGAAAGACAAAACUGUAAUGUGGCUCAGAAAUACAACAGAUACGGCACAAUUGCUAACAGUUGGCCCAGCGCCUUAUGCUGGGGAUAGCCGUGUGUCGGUAAAAUUUCAAUAUCCAAACAAUUGGAGACUUAGCAUCAAUCCAGUUAAGUGGUCUGACGCAGGACUUUAUAUGUGCCAAAUAUCCACACAUCCUCCAAGAACCAUAUAUGCAAAUUUCUCCGUACUUCCCCCCGUAUUGACAAUAAAUGGAGAUAAAACUCACGACGUAAAAGAUAGAUUCUAUAAAGCCGGGAGUUCCAUUAAGCUUUCCUGCGUUAUAUCAGAAGAAUACAUCUCAUCUCUCCCCUCUAAACCUACAAUGACUACUAAAACAUCUCCAACGACUACCACGCCUUCAACGACUACGGAAUUGUCAACUAAAAUGAGCACAAUAUUCAAUAGACUAGAUUUAAUGUUAAAUAAAAGUUGGAGCGUGGAAACAACAACGAUAACAUCAACCGUUAGUAUAAGCACUACAGCGAAGUACACUGAACCACAAAGUACACUAGAAGUGACUACAGUGAAACCAGUUACGAAAGUCAUUGUAAACAAUAUUUACGGUAUUUCGUGGAAGAAACAAGGAAUAGACUACAAUGAGUCGGUAUCAUGGCGAAACAUAAGCGCUACAAUAAGCGUGAGCUCAGCUUCCCAAAACGAUAGCGGCGCUUACACGUGCCUCCUACGGAACCAUUCACAAGUGACAGUCAACGUGCACGUACUAAUAGGUGAGAAUCAAGCCGCCGUUCAUCACGAUACAUGGAAUAAAGGUUCUCUUUUCUGGAAGCCGCAUAAUUUGUGUUUAGUAACUCUGAUAAUACUUAUAUUAUUUCUUACCUAAGAUAAAGCACAUUUAUCGAUGUUAACACUCCAAUUUUCAUCAUAAGAGACCAAAUAUAUCAUUACUGUGUAACUUUUGUAUUCGAAUAAUAAAUGUAAACUUGAUAUAGACACAUUAAAAUGUACAGUAAUUAACGACAAAAGCGAUAACAUUGUUUGUAAACUUGAUUUAUUUCUGAAAGGACAAGAUAUCUGCUUUUAGUCAUCUUAUUAAAUAAGAAAAAAAAAAACAUUCAACUGUUCUAUGCUACACAGAUAAUUAAAUAAAUUCCAUUUAAAAUUCAAUUAGGCGAGGACCAAAACUGAAGCGGCAUUGUGACAAGAACACAAAUAUGCGAGGUCGAUCUAAUGUUGUCUGUUAUAUAUUUAUAGGAAAAUACGAUGAAUUUUUUUAUGUCGAAACUAGAUUUACAAUAUAGAAGAAAUAUCUUGAUGUUUAAAUAUAAAAUAUUUAAUUAAAGUUCAAGCUUCGAAUUUUAAAGUGUAAUAUUAGAUUUGGUUUCAUUUCCGCGAAUUUGUAAAGGAACUCACUAGUCAGUUACGAAAACGCUAGACUACUUAGUCGGAAACAUUGAUGAUCUAUUGAAUUACAUAACAAAAAGAUAAAUGUUUAGAAAUAACGUCGAUAUCUGUACUGUUUCUCGAAAUAGUAUAAAAAUGACAAAUGUAUUAAAACGGUGACAAAUUCAUAUUGAAAUUUAAUUAAUAAGCUGGAAUAAGUGUACGUACGUAUAGUGACCGUUGAUUGUAAUAAUUCGUAACUUUCAUGAAAUCCUCAACAUCGUGAGUAAUGUUCUAAAAAAGUAUAUUUAAAUUCGAUCAGUCCAUUGGUCUUUGGAUAGACGAGUUAUUCUAAGAUAAUUAGGAUUUAAGAAAAUUUUUAAGUGUUAAAAUCACCUAGUAUAAAUUAUGCUGUA